UUUUUUCAAAGAAAUGCUGUCAUAUGAGAGCAUGACUCCGAGACAGCGCGAGCUGUAUGACUACGCCGUGCAGCGGGAGGGUGGAUAUCUCUAUCUGGAUCGGAAGCAGAUUGGCGACGCGGAAGCACAGGCGAUUGCUGAGGGGCUCAAGGUGAACACCACGGUGCAUACACUCGGUCUGUACGACAAUCAGAUUGGCGACGCUGGUGCGAUUGCGAUUGCUGGCGCAUUCGCGGCGAACCCCAAGCUGCAAAAGCUCAGUCUGUACGAUAAUCGGAUUGGCGACGCAGGAGCACGAGCCAUUGCCGAAGCAAUCAAGGGAAGCUGCGUGUGGGAGCUUAAUCUGCAAAAGAAUCAGAUUGGCGAUGCUGGUGCCCAGGCCAUUGCUGAAACUCUCGACGAGAACUCGCGCUUGAUGACUCUCACUCUGUGGAAGAAUCGGAUUGGCGAUGUGGGAGCAACUGCGAUUGCUGAGGCACUCAAAGAGAACACGACGCUGUGCUCGCUCAAACUUGGUGAGAAUCAGAUUGGCGAUGCUGGAGCUCAAGCGAUCGGUGAGGCACUCAAAGUGAACUCGGAUCUGACUCGGCUCAAUCUACAACAGAAUCAGAUUGGCCAUGCCGGAGCGCAGGCGAUAGGUGAAGCACUCAAAGUGAACACCUGUUUGAGUAAGCUCACUCUGUACGGCAAUCGGAUUGGCGAUGCUGGAGCGCAGGCCAUUGCUGAGGCGCUCAAAGUGAACAGCUCUAUACAGGAGCUCGAUCUCAGCAGCACCCAGAUUGGCGACGCUGGAGCGCUUGCGCUUGCGGAACGCAUGGUGCAUUCGGAACUGGCUGAGCUCGAUCUAGGUUACAAUCGCAUUGGCGAUGUUGGAGCGCAGGCGAUUGCCAAAGCAAUCAAAGAUGGAGCGACGCUGACUGGGCUCUAUCUAUCACAUAAUUGCAUUGGCGAUGCUGCUGUUGAUUUGAUUACAGAGGCACAGGAAAUCGAAGACAUGCCGCCCUACCUUACGGUCGAUCCUCAGAUAAACCCUCUUGCAUUCUCCUUACUUCCACGCUUAGCAACCGCUGACGACCUUCAGACCGUGCUUUGCUUGCUGACCAGCGGACCGGAGCUGCAGGAUCAGCUCGCAGUUCUACCGGCACUACCAACCGAGAUUGCCGAGCUCAUUAUGGACGAAGCGUCUUACUGGCAAGGCGUGCAACCCACCAAGCCACGGUCGCUUGGUGGAAGUUACCCCGACCCCAGGCUGGAAGUCACCAUGCCUCGGAGCAUCGCUGAAAGUUCAAUCCGUGUGAAAGCAAUUCAACUGCUUCGUGACUGGGAGACACGCACCAACAACAUUGGUGACAACGUCUUUGAUUUGACUGUCCGAGAUGAACAAGGUGCUGUUCAGUACGAAUGUGCUGUGCAGCCGACUUUUGUCGAUUCGAACCUUGCGCUUGCGACAAUCUGGCCAGCGAGUACUCCCAUCCUCCGGCAAAUGCGCGAGGGUUGGCAAGUUCAAGUUCGACCCAGCAAGGCUGCUCACAAGGUGUGCCAUGAGUCCCUUUAUGUGGGAUAUGUCUAGCACCUUGUUCUUGAUGUGCAACAACCAAGCUGUGCCUCGAGUUUGUGAAAAAGCGAUUCAAGCGCAGGGACCUCCCCCUCUUUUGUUUUUCGGCUUUCUACUGAACAAUCCUGUGCAUGUCGAUUUCUCCUGCCAACUUUGCUCGCCGCCUAUGAACAUGAAAGUUGAAAACGGAUCUUCAAGGGUGGUUUUUUUCAUGGAGUUUUUCCAUUCAACGCCUGCCAACGUCUAGCUUUGUUUUGCUGUUUGAUUUUGUUUGUGUUUUAUGGUUUUGUUCGCUUUGUGGGGUUUUUUCUGAGAUUGUUCAAUGUUGAGUGAAAUGCACACCCUUUUCU